AUGUUACGUGUUACAUUCAUCUUUGUGGUGUUCUGUUUUAUAAAUGUAGUUUUAUUGGUUAAAAUACCGGAUUAUAUGAAAAUAUGCAAGCGAGAUCAGAGUACUAUCAACGAGUGUGUGACGGAUUCUGUACAGAGUCUGCGACCACACCUUGUCUCUGGGAUACCGGAGUUCCAAGUGCCCAGUAUCGAUCCAUUUUACAUUAGUGAAAUAAUAGCAAUAAGCGGUGAACUGGCACCUCUCAAAGCUAAAGCAAAAAACGUGAAAGUAUCAGGCGCUAGUGAUUUCACUGUUAAGAAUGUUGAUGUAAACUUAGAUACAUUUGCGAUACGAGCCCUUUUUCGGUUUCCCAAACUUCAUUUGGAAGGUCUUUACCAGCUGGACACUCAAAUCUUGGUGGUACCGCUUCGUGGUCAAGGAAACUUCGUGGCUGAUGCCAUAAAGUGUGACGCUGACGUGCGAAUAACUAACAAAAUAUACGAGAUGAAUGGAACGCAAUAUAUCAAGUUCCAGAAUGUGAAUGUUGAAAUUGACAUGAAAGACUAUCGUCUUAGGUUGUAUGGGCUGUUCAAUGGAGACAAAACACUGGAAGAAGCGACGAACGAAGCUAUAAAUCAAAAUCGUGGUGAGUUUCUGCAAGCCAUGAAGCCUUAUAUUGAGAAGACAACAGCAAAAGUCCUCCUGGAUACAGCUAAUCGUAUCGUUAAUUCGUUACCGUUGGACCAAAUUUUUCCUAAGCCAUAA